AUGAGACGAUUCAAAAAGGAUGACGAGUCAAGGCCAAACUUUGUAAACUACUUGAAGAGAUUGCAGCCGUCGAAUAGCAAAAAAUCUUUGCAGCAAUCCAAUUCACUUCAUUUCAACCAGCCAUACACGAGCACAGAACAAAAGCACUCAAAGUCAGUCGAUGACUUGGGCAGCUUCAACGACCAGAUACACGUUCAGCCCAGGAAAGAUCCCGCUGAAUCAUCUCUCCGUACGCGCAAGAUAUCUCUCCCGAUGGCUGUCUACCCGAUUGAAGAGCAAGCCCAGCAGUCCCAGCAGUCCCAGCAGCAGCAAGCAUCUCUCAUGACCCCUGACUUCAAUCAGAGACCGCAGAGGAAAUCUUCACUUGCUGCUCAUUCUAUUCUCUUUGGCAAUCCAACUCCACUCGCUUCCAUAGCCCAAUCUUCUUCCUCCAGCCUUGAGUCUCCAAAGGGGGGCUCACCCACACCAGAGCAUGAAGCGCUCCUCACUCCCACUUCUUCCCACCCAACGCUUCACCCCACAGCUAAAGCCCGGUCUGAUGACGAAACUAACACAGCUGUCUCACCUACGAACACUUCAAAUCACGUUUUUGAUCUGGAUGUCGGCCGUGAUGACCCGCCUUCUCCAACCCCGGGUCGUGAUCACGAUUUCUGGUCUCAAGAACAGCGCACCGAUAAAAGGUCUUCGCAGAUCACUCUUAGGUCCGGCUUCCUCCAAAGAAAGAUUGAUUACAUGCCCUCACGAAAAACACAAGGCGAACUCUCUCGUAACUGGAAACCCUUCAAAGUCACAUUAAGGAACAACAAGCUAUUUUUAUACAAGAUACCUUCGUCCGAGAAGGCUAACGCCAUUAAGGACUUUUUUCCUCAGAGACUUAUACCUAGUGCUCCUAUCCAGCAGCAGAACCCUGUUCAAAGAUCACGCGCGUAUUACGGUAAAGAUAAGCAUCCCGGUCUCGUCAUUAAUGAGAGCGCGUCUGACGAAAGAGUUAUCGGUGGUAGUCCGGGUGCAAUUGUUCAUGAAAUGAUCUUCGCUACACAGUCUUCUAAUAAUGAUCAACAAUAUGAAUACGUCGAGAGCGUCAUUUUCAACUACUCUGCGGUACUCGAAAAGCACUUUACACCAACAAGGUUCUUCAGUGAAGUCCAGAAGUGUUCAAAUACCGCGUUGCAAGAAGCUCCAAACGCAGAAUACAUUCAGCAUGUCAUCCUACCUUUCAUCAUAAGAUAUCUCGUCGCAAUUCAGCGUUUGCAGCUCGAUGACCAAGGAAAGAGAAUACUCAUUAAUCUUGUCGAAGCCAUAAAGCCUAGGCCAUCGACGCAGGAACACGAAGAUUUAGUCAAAACAAUUCAUGCAAACCUCUUCAAUCCUCGUGAUAUACCUUCUCCCUUCGCACCUGAAGACUACCAAAGUAAGCUACGGAGUGAUUCUUCGUCGCCGCAGGUCCUGCGAUCAGAAGUUUCGAAGCACCUUGCAAAUGCUGGUUUGACACCAGCUCUAUUUCUGGUGUUAGAGCCGCGGGAGAUUGGUCGUCAAGUACACUCCUAUCACGUUGAACGCAUAAACGGACUUGGUGAAUACCUUGACAAGCACGAUGGUGAGGAUUUGAGGGUCAGACAAGAAAUGUUUUUGAGAAUUUGUCAGCAAGCUGAUGAUGCCAAUCCGUUAUUGCUCUUGUCAUUUUCUCCCGCCAAGCCUCAUUUCCUGACUAGAUUGAUAUUGCACCAUGUUCUUAUUCUAUCAAGACAACCACUUAAUUUAGAGGGAAUUAGCUCACUUGGUCAGUUGAGAUCUCUAGUCGCUGCUACGACGUCUUCGCCCACCGCUUUGCGUGCAACUUUGAUCGUGCAUUGGAUCAGAGUCGGUAUGUCACUUGAGCGACUUGGCGAUGCUGCAGGAUGGGCUGCUGUUGCGUUGGGUCUUUGCUCCCGCGCUGUAUCACGACUUUCAAGGACAUGGAAGCGCAUUGGUCGUGAUGAACGUAACACGGUGUCAAGAUGGGCAGCAACGCUGGCUGAUUUGGGAGUUGUUGAUGAGGCUGAAAUUACCACUGAAGCAAAGGUCAAACCGGCGACAUCAAUUCCAAACUACACAAUACCACCCAAGAGUAAAGUUAGACCAGCAGCAAAUUCUUCAAUUCACGUCACCUCAGCUGCUAUACCAUACCUUGGAACACUACUGGAUGACGUGAAGCCGACGCUAGAUGCUCACAGCACCGAUGAGAUUCAGCUUGCUCCAUUAUACAGAUCGCGUAGGAGACUUUAUGAAGCGUUUGCGUUGUUCGAAGAGUCUUACUUGGGUCAGAAUGUCAAAAUAGAUUUGAAUCAUAAGAGUAGUCGUGACACAGUUGGUACUGCGACUAAUGAUGAUGAUGAUAAUCAUACUGUUGGUGGACGUGAGGAGGACGAUGACAAAGUUUUGACAUCUAGAUGUGCAGCUUUGUUGGUCGAGUUUGGUGCGCUGUGGCAGUAUUUGUCUUUAAUACCGAUACCACAACUGCCUCAAAUAUCUCUCUAUAUUGGCAACUCUCUCAGUUGUGAAAGUAGAUUGCUGAACGCACCUGCUGAGCGCAAGACUCACAAGACAGAAGAUUCCAUUGCAAGCGCGUCUCCAGCCCUUGCAACCGACUACAAACCACCUACUCAACUACUCGUACAUCCACUUACGCCCCUGACAUUCCCACCAACGUUGUCAUAUGUUACCUUCAGUGAUGCAGAGAGCAUUGCGGCAGAAGCUAACGAGAAACUUUAUGCUCAACCUUCCAAACCGAAAAUGUCGAGACUUGACAGCACGGAUUCAACAAAGUCAGCGCAAACAACUCUCCCAACACCUACACCACAAGCUCGUCAACUUGUGCGCACGCAUUCACUUCAGCUGCGCAGAAGGAGUUUCGAUAUGGAUCUCAAACGCAAGCCUUCACGCCGCGCUAUCAAAAACGAAGACGGACAAUCGCCAGUUCUAGCUAUAGAAAAGGCAGCCAAGAAUAUACACGAGCCUCAGAACCGUCGUCUGGCAUUUCAAAGGACGAUGAAGGAGAUGGCAGCUGGUGGCGCAGAGACGUUAUUUAACUUGUGUGAUGGAGAAUUGGUGAUCAAAGCCCUCCCUAAUGAGUCAUUUUUUGUCAAGCGUUUCAGUGUGUCUCAUAGACUGUCGGUCGCUACAUCGGCAAGUGGUCAAACUAAACUCGACAGUCCGGUGUUACCUUCAUCUGCUAGAGUGGGUGAGGAGGGAUCCAGACCCACUUCUUUGAUAGAGUCACGGGCUACUUCGCGACAUGCUAGCGUGUCUAACUUCUGCACCACCACCGGUACGACUGGUGCAUUGGGUCGUGCUGCAUCCGUGAGGCGCCAAAGUCUCAUCGGUACGCCUUCGCAGCGGUACUCCAACUACAGUAACUUCAGCAGCAAUCACUCGAAUGAAGCGUAUUUGAGAGUGCAUGUCAAGAGUGGAAACCUGGAUAGGCUGAUCGACGUGCUUAUUCUAGGCAUUGAUCAUUUAGGUGUACAAAGAACUUCUGCUGACGAUAUGGGCGGUGGUCUGGAGGUGUCUUCCGCUGGUAAAGGGAAGAUCAAGUUUGCUAUGGACUUGACUGAGUACGCCGAUGUGUUCUUCGCUACUUUCAGAAGUAUCUGUCUUCCGUUAAAACUCUUUGAGACGCUUCAAAAGCGCUUUGAAUGUGCUCCAAACGUCUCGCCGGAAUUAUCACUGGUCGCUUCAGAGGUUCACUUCCCAACCUGGAAGUCUGAACGAAUACCAGUCGAUGAAAUCGAGUGGGAGCAAGUAACAAGAGUGCGUGUUGGUGUUAUUGAUGCGCUGAGAUUCUGGUUAGAAUUCGGUGGUGGUCUGCAAGAUGCUCUCGAUGAGCAAGCUUUGUUUUCUGGGCUCUACACCUUCUUGAAAGGUGCACAAACAUUGACUCAAGAACGCCACGUCAGCGAAGAUCAGCUGUCAUCGCUGCAAACUACACAGCGCGCAAUGCAGUCUUUGUAUGACUUCUUUGUCAGACAGGCUCUUAGGCCUGAUUUAUUAUCUAACAAUGAAGGUCCCUCCGAGUCGCUAAACAGUGACAUCAAGCCAGAAGGAGUUCUGGAAGGUGACCAAUCAUCUGAGCCAGCUCCAGAAGACAAGGCAGUUCCGGAGAGUAAAACUAGAGAUAUCCUUGAAGCUGCCACUGUUGUUGAGAAUAUGGACAACAGUUCAGCUGAGGAGAUUGUUGAAGCCUUGGACCAGAUUGGCUCUGCUAUACUCCGAAACAUUUCUGAGCAGGAUUUAGUCGCAACAGCCGAAUUGUUUGAAACUCAGGUGAAUGAGAAUGAUGGAUGGUUUGCAAGCAAAUCGCAAGACAUCAACCACAAUCCAUCUCAGGAGAAUUUGCCAAUACAGGAUAUUUACACGUACAUAUCUAUCGUUAAAGGAGAAGGAGAUGUCAGUAUCGCUAGGAGAUUGCCAGCCAGCGUUAGAGCUGCUCACAAGGCUACUAUGAUAGUGAGAAAAUGGGCAACAAACAUGAUCUCGCAAGUUGGUUUAGGAUUGGAAGCACGAUCAAAGAGGAUAGAGAUAAUGUUGGAUGCUAUUACCAUUUGCAGAUCUAGGAUGACUUGCUUGAAUGGCGAGGAUAUUUCUAUGCGUACUGGUGGGACAUUGAGUUCAAGCAUGGCGAGUAUUGUACCGUCUGCGAAUGACGUUUCCGGCUCUACUAUUAAGUCUAUGGUCGAGGGUGCGCUAGUGGCUGCUUUGGUGACGCCUGAAUCCAGAAGCCAUGUCGGUACAUGGACUAAGGUGGCUGACAAUAGGAAUGCAGAUAUCCAGUCGCUGCAGACGUUCAUCAAGUCGCCAGAUGUCAGUGAAAGCGAUAGGAGAAAAAGCGUAUCAAGCCUACGUGAGCGUGAGCGGCCUUGCGCUGUCGAUCUCGGCUGGAUCUGGGAGCGUAUGCUCGAAGUAAUACUGGACGUAAGGGAUGAUGAGAAUCUUAUCGGACAAUUCGUUUCCUUCGAUAAGCGGAGGUAUCUCUUCAAUUUCAGUUGCAACGCCCCGCAACUCGGUCAACAGAACGUACUGUCUAGCGAGGAUGAAGGAUCUAUUUCAUUCCUUCUGCAACUAAUGGACAAGCAGUCGAAUGAACUGAUACCUCGUCUACAGACAAAGGAUUCUGAGCAUUCUAUCCAUAAACAUGUGCAUGAGGACGCUAGUCGAGAAGUUAUCGAGGCACAGACCAAGGAUUUCAAUGUCGAGCAUACUUAUGCUUUCGCCGGUGUAGUGAAGCUGCAACAAGAGAAGGAGAAAAGAGAUGCAACAAUUAUCGAACGCAUGAGGCGUGAAAAACGAGAUGACUUGGCUGUUCUCGAGAAACGUGAAACAGAGAUACAGAAAGCUGCCUCUAUGUCGUUUUUAUCCAGGCACAGUCGAACAACAUCAUCGACGUCUACUGCCAGUGUUGGUAGUACAAAUACUGCCAAGAAAUCAAGACAAGGAAAGCGCAUGACGGCGUUACUCAGACCAUUUAGACCUCUGUCAAUUGCAUUCGGCUCCUCUCAGCACACACCAUCAGAGACACCUAGAAAGAGACUGUCUGAGUUGGAUUUCGAACCCUCAAACAAACCUGCACUAGUCGUUACGUUGCAUGCUGCCAGAGUGUCUGAAUUUGUCAACAAUGCUCGCAGUUACACUUUCCAAAUCGUGUCUGAGGAUGGAGCUAACUACCUUUUCCAAGCUACGUCUGCAUCUGAUGUCAAGGAGUGGAUUGAUGUUGUUUCAAGAGCGAGUCAGUCGUCAGCCGCAAAGCGUCUCACUUACAUUGCUCCGAAUGCAACUUCGGCUAGCGAUUUGCAAGCGCAAACUCAACAGCAAACUCAAGCCCCAGCUGUGUCCGGAAAGAGGGAGCCACAGGCAGUCUUUGGUGUUGAUUUAUCUGAAGUUGUGAGACGAGAGCAUGGCGACGAAGGUAUCGAAAAUGGGGAUAUUCCGAUCCUUAUUGACAAGUGUUUGAAUGAGAUUGAAAAGAGAGGUUUGCUCGAAACGGGCAUUUACAGAUUAAGUGGAGCUAUUAGCUCGAUUACAAACCUCAAGGACGCAUUCGACAGCGAUGCUUCGGCGAUCAACUUGAGUGAAGGGGACGCAAGAGAUGUACACUCAGUCACUGGUAUCCUUAAGCUUUAUCUUCGUGAAUUGCCCGAACCAGUCGUACCAUAUGCAAUGUACCCCAGCUUUAUCCAAGCAGUGCUGAUUGAGGAGUACGAAGAGCGGCUAUAUGCCAUUCGCGAGCUUGUUUGGAAUUUGCCAAGAACACAUUUCACACUGCUGAGAAGACUUGCAGAGCAUCUGGAGAAAGUCACUGACUUCGAGGAUCAGAACCAGAUGUUUGCACACAAUCUCGCGAUUGUUUUCGGUCCAAACAUACUCAAACCGCCAGCUGGACCUGGCAACUUUAUGGCUAGCAUGAGCAACAUUGGACAUGUGUCGAAUUUGGUUAAGAUAUUUAUUCUGCAGUGCCAUUGGCUUUUCUAUGCGGCUGAUGAAGCUGAUGCUGACAAUAACGAAAACAACAACACAACCGAACAAUCUCAACCUACUCAUAAGGAAAAUGAUGAUACCGUUAUCGUUGAAGAGGAUGAAGAUGCAGCUUAG